GCUAGGCAAAAUAGCUUCUUGUUUAAUUGCCAAAGGGACUUCUGGUGCCUCAAGAGACUUUUACUUUUCAUGCACACAAACAUUUUCAACAAUUUUUAAUCUGCAAAGUUAGAUGAUGUAAAUGAAGACUGCAGUUUCUCCUUGUCUUUUUUCUUUUAGUCAAGGCCUUGCAGACACUUAAUUAAGGAUUCACUAGGACUUCCGCUUCGUCUUGGAUGGAAUGGUGAUCCGUGUGUUCCACAGCAACAUCCAUGGAGUGGAACAGACUGCCUGUAUGACAAAACUUCUAAUAAAUGGGUUAUUGAUGGCCUUGGCCUGGACAACCAAGGUUUGCAGGGGUUUUUGCCAAAUGAGAUUUCCCAUUUGCGUCAUCUGCAAAUUAAAGCAUCUAUGCAGUUUGAAGAUCGAAUUUGAAUAUUGUUGGGAUCUAAUAAGUACUAGAAAACUUCUGCAACACCUUGCAAAUGACAUUCAUUUAGGGUGUGUGAGGAGAAUAGGAUUGGAGUGCAAUGAAGAUGAGAGGUUCAAGAGGCUUCAGUGGAUGAAAUGACCUAACAUCCCAUUUCAAUGGGGUAUAUGACAUUUUCGGAAUGCGAAGCUCAGUGUUACAGGAACUCAAGGGGCAUACCAACAUUUGAAGAUAUACCCAAAGUUUAGAAUUUUAUUUAUCAUUUCUUUGUUAUAUAAUUUUGGUUUUGUGGAGUAUACUGCUAGAAUUGAAAUUGAUUAAAUACUAUGAAUAAUAUUCUUCUAUUUUGAACAUUUAAUUGAUGCUAAAAUAUUUUAUUUUCAA